UCGUGCCGCAGUCAUGGCCAUCCGCUAUCCUAUGGCCGUGGGCCUUAAUAAGGGCCACAAGGUUACCAAGAACGUUUCGAAGCUGGGACACUGCCGCCGCCGUGGGCGCUUGACCAAAAACACCAAGUUUGUGAGAGAUAUGAUCCGUGAGGUAUGUGGAUUUGCUCCUUAUGAAAGACGUGCAAUGGAAUUGUUAAAGGUCUCAAAGGAUAAACGAGCUCUUAAGUUCAUCAAAAAAAGGGUAGGAACACACAUCCGGGCCAAGAGGAAGAGAGAGGAGCUCAGCAAUGUCCUAGCUGCCAUGAGGAAGGCUGCUGCCAAGAAGGACUAAACUGGAUCCUGCUUCCCUUCCCCACCUCUAUCCAAUAAAGAUUUGACAAAUAGAAAAAAAAAAA